AUGAGAUCCACGCGCUCUAGAAGUGGGAGAGUUCCCUCAAAUGGGGUUGGGCAAAUCUCGGGAGCCCAGCAAGGUCGCAUUUCUGAAGAACACGGGUCCCCGAGGACCCAGCCCAACAACGAGGACGCUAUCGCCAAGAUGGCCGAGUUCGUAGCCGACAACCCUAACAUCUUCGAAGAACUAGGGAGGUACUUCAAGAGGCAGGGGAAGGAAAAAGCUGAAUCCUCCAAGAGGAGAUCGACGAAGUCCCCUGAAGUACUUUCCGGUGAGGACUCUGAUGAGGGGCACCUCUCUCGGAGUACCUCCAGGCGCGCCUCUUCCAAGACGACCUCUAAAAUUGCCUCUAUUUUCCGGGCGUUUUCCCGGGGUCUACUAGGGAAACGAGCUGAGGACCCACCUCGGCGCCCCGGAGGCUUAGCAGCCGACUACAUGAGGGCUCCGCUCUUCACUGAUGACAUCAAUAGGGAAAUGGUGCCCCCUAAUUUUAAACUCCCAGUCUUGCAUUACUACGAUGGCCGAGGUGACCUCGAGGAUCACCUCUGCGCCUUCAUCUCUGCAUUCCGACUCUACUGCGUCCCCGACGCCGUGAUUUGUCUAGCUUUCCCCAUUUUUCUGCAAGGGGCAGCCCGAAAAUGGUUCUGGGGCUUAGAACCGAGGAGCAUUUCCUCACUGUACGAGUUGAUAGACCGGUUCAUUCAUCGCUUCGUAUCGUCUCGUCCAAUUACGAAGACUUCAGCUUACCUCUUGAACCUGCAGCAGGCUCCCGGUGAGUCACUGCGCUCGUAUGUGCAGAGGUUCAAUAAGGAGAAUGUGCAGAUACCUGAUCAAAAUGAGCAGGUAACCAUAGCUGCCUUCACCAACGGGUUGAUUGCGGGGAUAUUCAACACCAAGAUACAUCGGGAUUACCCCCGCACACUUCGAAAACUCUGGGAACGAGUAGACCAAAGAAUCCGAAGUGAGGACCUAAACCGUAUGAAGCGAGAAGCUCAAGUUGCUCGUACUGGGCAAGAGUCCCGGAAGAGAAAAGACACCGGCCGAGUCGAACAGGGCCCCAGUGGCUCGUCGAAUCAAUUUCGAGAUCGCCGGAGUGUCUUCAAUCGGAUCGUAAAGGGAAGGUCGUCCACCUCGGACGCCGAGCUGACACCCCUCAAUUCCAGUCGGUCUCACGUCUUGGCUGUGAUAAGGCAAAAUCACCUCGGCCGAGCCCCUUCUGAAAUUCUGGGGAGGAGAGAUAAGAGGAAGUCCAACCUCUACUGUGCCUACCACCGGGAUGUUAGGCACGACACUGAGGACUGCAAUGAUCUGAAGCGAGAGAUCGAGAACUUGAUCCGGCAGGGAUACCUGAAGCAAUUCGUCCGCAAGGAUGGAGGCUUCAACCGAAGCGCCUCUCACCGAGAUAACCGAGGCCCUUGCCGAGAAGACAGGUGGGACAAUAAGAGCCACUGCCGAGGUCCUGAGGACCAUAGGGAGGACCAUCGGCCCCCGCGCGAUGGAUUGCCGGGCUACGACCCUAGUAUCGCCGGGGUAAUCAACACAAUCGCGGGUGGCCCGAUGGGAGGAGACAGCCAGAACUCCCGAAAGCGGACCUACCGCCAAGCCGGGAUAGAGGUGGCCGAGCCGAGCUCCCGGCUGUCCGAGGUGAUUACCCAUGGUCCUAGCGACCUUGUCCCUGCCGCUUCCAACAAUCACGAAACUCUCGUGAUCGAAAUUCUCACCAAUAGCUAUAUGGUCAAAAAGGUCUACGUCGACCCCGGAAGCUCGGUAGACGUCUUGUACUACCGAACUUUCGAAAGUUUGAAACUGACCAGAGAGCAACUCACUCCUGUCAGAACUCCCCUCGUCGGAUUCGGGGGACACGUAGUCCACCCGGAGGGUAUGGUGUCCCUGAUGGUGACUAUCGGACGUCAUCCCCGCUGCCGAACUGUACCUGUCAGUUUCACGGUGGUCAAAACCGAUUCUCCCUACAAUAUGUUAAUAGGUCGACCCACGCUCAACGUCUUGAGAGUUGUGUACUCUACCUACCACCUGAGUUUCAAAUUCCCAACGCCUGCGGGGGUGGCCGAGGUGAGUAGCGACGUGAAUGCCGCCGGGGAAUGCUACCUCGCCACCAUCCAGGCGGCGGUCACUCCCCAGACUGCGUCAAAGGCCGAAGAAAAGAGGCCAGCUGUCCUCUCUAUAGAUAGCAUCGAUCCUUAG